GUGGCUCUUCGUGAUUGUCUAUUGAAAAUGUUUUUGGUCAUUGCUUUUCAUUGGAACAGAACCACGGAGGACAAAACGCAAGAUUUGGCGAGGCAUGAUGGCGUAAUCAAAAAGCGACACCAUUCAAAACAGAGAACGUCCUCCAGAAGGUCUUUAAAACAGUGGAAGCGGGGUUCGAUGCGGAACUAUUGUAUUUUUAUUAUUAUUAUUAUCACUAUAUUAUUUUUGCAUUUUGCGCUUUAGCAGAGCAAAUGUCGAUAAAGGAGUCGUCGGUGGGUGUUUAAGCCUUUACUUCCGGACUACAAAUCCGACUACACGCGGAUCCAUCUCGGAGCAUGUCGAUCGGUAUUUUCUAACUCUCACACCAGCGCGACGUUUAUCAGUUAACAGGUUUUCAACGCCGUUUUCGCAAAAGUACCCCCCGCUCCCAUAUAAUUUACACAUGCGACACUUUUAAUAUGCACAACAAAAGAGGUCAUGUACAACCAGACACGUUACCUUAUCUUUUUCCAAUACAUUGGAACUAAAUACAGUGGCGCAGUCAGAGUACCUCCACAUCAACUGGAGAAAAAGGGUGUCCAAGAUCACUUAGAGGAUGCAUUAAGAAGACUGAGGCCACUCAACCCAGUGUCUCUGUCCAUUUCCAGCAGGACAGACAGAGGCGUCCACGCUCUCUCCAACUCAGCCCACUUUGAUUUUCAGCGCAAGAACGACAAGCCACCGUUUACUGAGGAGAUUUUAGUUGAGGCGCUCAAUUUCCACCUCAAGGCUGAGCAAAUUAGCGUUACCCGCGCCUAUCGCGUGCCCGAUGAUUUCCACGCCCGUUUCCGAGCACUCUCCCGGACGUACGUCUACCGCAUCGCCCUGGGUGUCUCUCAGCCUGCUCAGCUUCCCCUUGGAGAGCGCGACAUGUGCUGGAAUCUCCGCCACACGGAGCUCGAUGUGGAAGCCAUGAGGGAGGCGGCAGCCAUGUUGGUCGGAACUCACGACUUCAGCAGCUUCAGGGCAGUUAACUCCGACAUGCCUUUUAGAAACCCCGUGAAGACGCUGGAUGUCGCCAGCAUACAGCCAGGAAGAGCGUUUGUAUGUGAGCACUUCCACAGAGAAAUUCCAUUCUGGGAGUUGAUUUUUCAAAGCAAAUCUUUUCUUUACAAGCAGGUGCGAAGAAUGACGGGAGCGCUUGUGGCCGUGGGCCAGGGAAGGAUCUCACUUACCAAGCUGAAAGACAUCCUGGAGUCUCGAGACUCUCUGGCUUAUCCACACAAUGUCGUUGCUCCGGCCCGUGGCCUCUUCCUCACCAGGGUGGACUACAGAGAGUCAGAUCUGCUGCCGUCACCGUCAACCUCAACUGGAGACUCCAGUGAUGCACAAACUCAAAUGUGAAUGUCCGUGUAAUAAAAAUGUUUUUAUUUAA